AUGUCAACACACACUACAAUCGCUGGAGUAUCAUCGUGCCGCAGCACGGAAUCUUCACACUGCUCUCAGUCCGAGUCGACGACAAGGUCAGGAACUUUGUCCACAGAUACCCCGAGCCCGGACCAGAGCUCUAAUGCAAACAGCGAAAAGUUAUACCAAAACAACAUCUACACAGGAAAACGGGUCUCCUUAUGGGCGCGUCCGAUCGAACACUUCAUUGAACGCUUGGUUCCGAGUAGAACACCCAUUCCGACCUGCUCUGAUGCCACACAAGUUUUCGACAUCAAGACAUAUGCACCCGAACAAAACUUACACGAACCCGUGUUGGCAGGAUUAAGGAAACUCAUUGCAAGCUUUCCGGACGACAAACGGCUGAAAUUCCACAAUGUCGAGCAGCCGAUCAAGUUCCCAUAUGCGCUAGAGGGCUAUGAGAAUAAAGCAACCACACCCGACAUCAUAUGCUCACAUCCAAAAAAUGCUAAUGCGUGCCUAAGCCGGCCGCAGUGGCAAAAUAUCUCCCUAGUAUUUGGAGUCAAUUCUAACGCAAUGGAUGAUCCCAUGGCCUUAAAGCAUGUAACCCAGCUCGCAGAUAGCGCCCAAAAUAUCCUAAUAGCAAAUAAUUGCCUUUUUACAUUCGCGGUUGGACUGUACGGGAACAUGGCGAGGAUCUUCCGCUUUGACCACGCGUCGAUUAUCGCCUCGCCGCCGUUCGAUUACGUCGAGCGCGCGAAGCUCCUGUACGCGUUUCUGUGGCGUUUCGUGCACCCAAUCGACAGUUUGUGCGUCGUCGUAGGGGCCGAUCCCACCGUGCAGCCAACGAGGCAGGCAGACUGGGACUUGGCGGCGGCCCUUGUGAAGAAGCACAACAAGGGCACGUUUGGCGCCGAGAGCCAUAGGGCUUGUCGCUGGAUCAUACGCCAAAAGCCGUAUCUGAUGUAUGAGCGAUACCUGACGUUCCGGAUAGUGCACAUGCACCCAGAACUGUUUUCGCGUGCGACAACGGUGUGGGAGGCGUUCAAGGAGGGAGACGACAGCGGCCAGACAUAUAUCAUUAAAGACGCCUGGCGUGAGAUGAAGCACCGUUUUGAGGCGGGCUUCUACAACGAUAUACUUUCGGGCAGUGCUCCGGGACAGCUUGAAUUCGUAAUCCCGGAAGACAAGCAAGUGCACGGCAUCGCAAAGGUCGAGGCUGCAAUCGAUCUGGGGGAAUGCGAGUGCCGAAUGUACGACGAGGCAUGCAAGCCACCAAAUACUUCCGCGGCGAGACCAGCAGGGGCCGACGUGUCGCAGACACAGCGGAUACCAUUCUAUAUGAUCUGCCAUCGCACUAUUUCUUAUACAUGGAACAGAAUGGGCGAGGAGCGGAGCCAUACGCGCCUGUUCGUGAAGACCGUCGGCCGCCCAAUUCAUCAAUUCUGCAGCACGAGAGAGCUGAUUGAGGCCAUUCGGGAUGCCAUAAAAGGCAAGCCCCAAUCAAUACAGGGCCGAAUAGUAGAUGCUAACCCUGGAUUUCUCGGAGAUUUAGAUUACAGCUUCAAUUGGAAAAUGUACCUGCGGGCCCAGCAGGCGUUGCCAACUUUAGAGAGCUGGCUGCAAUUUGUGCACGAUGGUAAGGGUAUUUUUGCUGAUGAAACACAUCUCUUGACUGCGGAGGAAUUGGAGGAGCAUGCCAAGCAAAUUGGCCCCACGGCAAGAACUGGUACUUACUGCUUCAUGGCAUAUGAGAUCUUGCGAGAAUCCGUCGUGCACGAACCUCGUCACGAUCUGGAAUCAUUCUACUGGGUCCUCCUUUGGCUCGUCCUCAGACAUACUGAUCACGAUCACGAAGAUGGGAAGAAAGCUUGGAAGACGAUCUUCCACCACGACGAUCUGUGGGCGAUGGCGGUUGCCAAGGGCUGCUGGCUCUGUGACCAUGCAGGCAUCAAGGUAGCAAACAACGCGCCAUUGACAAUGCUCCUAGAUGUGUUUGGUAAACUAUGUCGGAGAAGUAUAAGGUACAUGGAUUCUGAAUUUGUGCCGCUCACAUAUGAUGCCGUUCUGGCUGCCUUCCAGCGUGCGCUCGACAUGCCGGAAUGGCCAGAGAAUGAUGCAGCCAUCCCUCUCAAGACAUCAAAAUCCGCGCCACCAGCACAUAGAUGCCGUAGCAAGGCAGAAAAUAACCAGGACAAAGUAGAGAAUAUUGGACAAGAAAUAGGAGAAGCUGCUGAUGGUUCAACGGAUAGCGAUGCACACAAUCUCAACGCAAGUAAUACCUUGGGCAUUGAGCUCUCGGAAUUCGCAAGACCAUCAGGAGAGAAUGUUGCUGCAAGGAGUCCGGAGCGAGCCAACGACCAUGUCGACACCGAGCUUGUCCGCGAACUGCGAGCAGUAGUCAGCUACAUUACGAAGCAAGAGAAAGACGCGCAAUGGAACCUCGACGAACCAAGUUCGUUCACUUUCCCCUCCUUGAGCAGGUUGAAGCGGAGCCGCUCGACGUCGGCAUUCCGUAGUGGCGCGUCGAGCAGGGCUCUUGUGUCUAAGAGAGUUCGCACUUCCAUGGACGACGAGGAGAUCUACGUGUCUUUUCGCAGACAGUCGAGGGCAAAUGGCAGCGCGGUGUCAUGA